GCCCUAUUUUGCCACUACAGAGCUCUCACUAGAUUCUAGAGAGGCAGCUUGCUUGACCUUCUCUCCUGAACGAUCCCGCCAAAGACACUUAGAGAGAGAGAGAGAAUCAGUGAGCUGAAGAGAUCCAGCGAAGAUGAGUACAAUGAAGUUUUGUCGCGAAUGUAAUAACAUCUUAUACCCUAAGGAAGACAAGGAGCAAUCGAUACUCCUCUACGCUUGCCGUAACUGUGAUCACCAGGAAGCGGCGGAUAACAACUGUGUGUACAGAAACGAGGUUCAUCAUUCCGUAAGCGAACAGACGCAGAUCCUAUCCGACGUCGCUUCUGACCCCACUCUUCCCCGCACCAAGGCUGUCCGCUGCGCCAAGUGUCAACACGGCGAAGCUGUCUUCUUCCAGGCUACUGCUAGAGGAGAAGAAGGAAUGACACUGUUCUUCGUUUGCUGCAACCCUAAUUGUGGCCAUCGCUGGAGAGAAUAGAACUCUGUUGUAAGGCUACAUUGACCCUCUGUGAUGUGUUAUUGACUUCCCCCUUUUAAGGGUUUCAUACAUUCACUUUGGAGUUUUCUGUGUACAAAUAUGAAAACUGUGGGGAUGUUAUCGAUUUCUUGAAUUUUCAGGGUCUUUUAUGAUCGUUUUAGUUUUACCGGCUUCUAGUUAUGAAUUUGCUGGUUUCUGAG